CGGGCAGGGGGGUCCCUGAACCUCAGCGCCAGGGCCCACCUCCCAGGGGCGGGGGCGGGCCCCCAGCGGGCUCAGGCAGGGAGUGGCCCGAAGCCCCCGGAGUCCAUCCCCGCUUUCUGCCGACUCCUGAGCCCGGCGGGGGCAGGGGGGAACGCUACUGCCCUGAGAAAACCUCCCCUGGCUUCUACCUCCUUCCCAGCCUUUGGAGGGGCCCGGGCACCCCGUGAAAAGGGGGCUGGACUCGGAGCCCAGAGUCCCAGAUUCGAAUCCCACCGCAGACGGAUCAGCCUCUCCAGGGAGAAAAUGGGGGUGAUGGCACAUACACAUGGGGCCUUUCCUGAUCCCCCAGCGGCCCUAAACCAGCCCCAAGCCCCCGGAGGGCGAGGAAGCUCCCAGAAGCACGACUGAUGUGUCUCUCUGGCUUUCUGGCGCCCGGUGCCGUGCUGAGGUCAGGCUGGUGUCUAAUCAAUGCACGUUCAUGGGAUCCGAGAUUUAGCACUAGAGGGAUCUCAGAGCCCGGCCGGCAAAAUCUCCCAUUUAUAAAUGAAGAAACUGAGACCCGGGCAGUGGAAGGGCUUGCCCAGCCAGAUUGGCUCGUUCUCAGCCUCCUACAAACAGGAACGUGAUCCUCAGAGAGAAGAAAUGGCUCCAUCUGGCAUCAGAGGAUCCGGAUUCAAGUCUCGGCUGCCCGUGUGGCCCCGCGACCCCCUUCUCGGGCCUCCGUGAAGGUCGUGCCCUUCAAACUUGGCUCCUAGGGGUGACUAGAUGGCUCAGGGGAUGGAGCACCCAGCUGCAGUCCAGAGGAUUUGGGUUCAGACACUUAACACUUCCCAGCUAUGUGAUUCUGGGCAAGUCGCUUUCAUCUCAAUCGUUUCUCAAAAACAAACAAAGAAGGAAACCAACAAAAAAGCAAAUAAACAAAGAGCAAAAAAAAAAAAAAAGCAAACAAACAAAAAAACAAAUAAAAAGCAAACAAACAAAAAGCUCCAACCUUCUCUAAAUCAUGAGAUUUCCUUCCUUCCUUCCUUCCUUCCUUCCUUCCCUUCCUUCCUCCCUUCCUUCCUUCCUUCCUUCCUUCCUUCCUUCCUUCCUUCCUUCCUUCCUUCCUUCCUUCCUUCCUUCCUUCCUUCCUUCCUUCCUUCCCUCCUUCCUUCCUUCCUUCCUUCCUUCCUUCCUUCCUUCCUUCCUUCCUUCCUUCCUUCCUUCCUUCCUUCCUUCCUUCCUUCCUUCCUCCCUUCCUUCCUUCCUUCCUUCUCCAGGACUCCAGGAGGCCCUCCCCCCCCCCCAAUAGGAACUAGGCACUGGAUGGGCAUCUUGAGCUGCCCGCCUGUUUCUUUUCUUUUUUUUUCCUUUUUGUUCUCAAUAGUAUUUUAUUUCUCCAAAUGUGUGUAAAGAUGUUUCCUACAUUUAUUUUUGUAAAACUUUGGGUUCCCAAUUUCUCUCCCUCCUUCCCUUCCCUCUCCCCAAGAAAACAAGUCAUCUUAUCUAGGUUAAACAUGUGCAAUUCUUUCCAACAUAUUUCUGUAUUUGCCACAUUGUACAAGAAAAAGCAGCCCAAAAGGGGAGAAAAAGACAAAAAGUGACGAGUCCGCUUCCAUCCACAUCGCCUCCGAAGCGCUCUCUCCGUCUCUCUGUCUCUGUCUCUGAAUCUCUCUGUCUCUCUCUUUUCUGUCUCUGUCUAUGUCUCUGCCUCUCUCUGUCUGUCUCUGUCUGUCUCUGCCUUUGUCCGUCUCUGUCUUUCUUUCUCUGCCUCUUUCUGUCCAUCUCUGUCUCUCUCUCUUUCUCUGUCUCUGCCUUUGUCCAUCUCUGUCUCUCUUUCUCUGUCUGUCUGUCUCUGCCUCUCUCUAUCCAUCUCUGUCUGUCUCUGUAUCUGUCUCUGUCUCUCUCUCUUCAUGGUUGACAUUUUCCAUCCCAAAUCUAUUGACAUUUUGGCCAGUUUCUAGGGUCCAGAUCUGCUUUGAGCACAGGGGCCCAAGCCGGGGCCUCGGGGGUCCCCGGGCGGGGGUCGGGAGAGGGUUGAGGCCCCAUUGGGUGAUCAGCCUGGGCAAUGUCCUUCUUAUUUACCUUAAUCCCCAGUCAGUGACCUGACCCCGGCCUUGCUGUCUCCAGGGUGGGGGUGGGGGGUGGAAUUAAGCUGCUUUUCCGGAUCCUUGAGGACUGGAUGUAGACUCAGUGACCGUUCGCUUGGGUCCGGCCUGCAUGGCUGCUAAGCAUGGGAGCAGAUCCAGGAAGGAAGCGGAGAGCCGGGGCGGGGGCCCCGAGAAGCCUCCCUCGGGGGACAAGGCCAAGCCUGAAGGGGGGCUCCUGAGGGACCGCGGCUCAAGGAAGAGCAAGAGGGAGAGCGGGAGAGGGGACGCCCCGAAAGGCAGAGGCGGCGGGGACAAGGCCGAGGAGCGGGACGGGCCCUCCCUCAGGGGCCGUGAAGAGGACAAGAGUGGGGGGGGUCCUGCCGGGGGAGAGGCUGGGUCUGGGGAGGGCUCCCAGGCCGCCCUGGCUCCCGCCCCCCGCAGGCUGUCCCAUCGGCACCGGGGCGACUCUCAGCACGAUCCUGCCCACAAGGCUUACUGGCCCCUGCUCAACACUGUCUUUGGCAAGGAUCGGGAGCUGGGUCCCGAGGAGCUGGAUGAGCUGUUCCAGGCUUUCAAUGAAUUUGACACGGACCAGGACGGUUACAUCAGCUACCGGGAGCUGGGGACCUGCAUGCGCACGCUGGGCUACAUGCCCACCGAGAUGGAGCUCAUCGAGAUCUCCCAGCACGUCAAGAUGAGAAUGGGCGGCUGCGUGGACUUCGAAGAAUUUGUGGAGAUGAUGGGGCCCAAGCUGCGGGAGGAGACGGCGCACAUGCUGGGCAUCCGGGAGCUCCGCAUCGCCUUCCGAGAGUUCGAUGCCGACAGGGAUGGCCGGAUCACCGUGGCCGAGCUGCGCGCUGCCGCCCCCGCGCUGCUCGGGGAGCCCCUGGUGGGACCAGAGCUGGAAGAGAUCCUUCGGGAGGUCGAUCUCAACGGGGACGGCCACGUGGACUUUGACGAGUUCGUGAUGAUGCUGUCCGCGCGCUGAGCCGCAGCUCCCGCCCCGAGGCCAGACCGGGCCGGCGUUCCUUCUGCCCGUGACGUCACCGCGCCGGCUGGGCCCCGACCUCGCCGCUUUCUCCUGCGUUCCCGGCAGUCCCCUCGCCCGGUGGCUCCCCGGGGCCCUCGGGCCGCCCCCAGCCACUCAGCCCGGCCUGAAGGGAACCGGAAGCCCGGGCCGGAAGGGGGCCGCCCCUCCUGCAGCCGCCCCCGAGUUCAGAUCCUGCCACUGCCUGGGGACUCCCGUUGUGAAGGGCCGACAGCUCAGGGGGCCUUUCCAGCUGCUCCUCGCACAGUUACUGGCAGGGCCGGAUUUGAAUCCAGUCCCGUCUCCGGGUCCAAACCUCCCCGGGAAGCCCCCCUCGGCCCGCCCGCUGUCGCAGCGCGGGAUUCGCCCUUUUCUCGCGUCUCCCUGACCUCGGCCCGCAAGGGCACAGGCUGCUGCCCGCGGGCUUGUCUGAGGCAGCCCGACCAGCAGGGGUCCCUGCACCGCAAAGGCGAGGCUCCCACCUCCCGCUGGGAACUGUCCAGCGGCCCCUCCGGGACCUCCUCCUCAUUGGUUGGCUGCCCUCCCCCCAGGUGCGCCUCCUGCCCCGGCUGCUCCCAGCUCCCCCCUCCCCCCGGGCAGAGAGCUGAGCUCCGAGGGCGCCGCCCAGCGCCUUCCCUGCCUUUUGUUCUCCCGGCGCCCCAAGAAGAGACAGGGAAGGCGGCUCUGGCUCAGCAGGAGCCCGAGCUAGGGCAGGUGCCAGCUCCUUGGCCUGGCCCACAUUCUGGGCUCCGGGGGGAGCCGGCCCAGGCGAGGAACCAGGACGCUGGCCCCCAAUUCCCAUGUCGGCGUCACUGUCUCUGGCUGCCCUUGGCCCCGGGCAUGGAAAGCUUCAGGCCAGCUGCCAGCCUGGGGCCCGCUUGUUGCCCCAGAGGGUCCGCCGGGCCCCCAGACUCCUUGGGAGGAAAGCCUGGCACUCAGAAAGCUGAGCCCAUAAAGGCCCCAGGAGGGGAGGGGCUAAGGGCCCUAAGGGAUGCAGCUUCUGGUACCAGGCCUGCGGAGGAAGCAGGAAGGGGGCGCUCCAGGAGUGGAACAGCCCCCUGGGCCUGGGGCCCAGACCCCGUGUCCAGGAAAGAGUUCUGGUUGGAGGAGGAGCACAUAUGGAGCACCUUCACUUUGUCCCCCCUCCCCAACCCCCCCCCCCCAGCUGUCAUGGGACCCAAGCACAAGACCCCUUCCCCAAAAGCCCAGCACCCUCCUCUCUGGCUUCCUAAUCACUGGCCGCAGGGUUUGCAGAGCCCUGCCCUUUUAGGGACAGAGACAAGCGCUCCUCUCCCCCCAUUGGACGAAGGUUGUCCGUUGCUGAUCUCAUAUCUGUCAGGGUCUGAGGCAGGAUCUGGCCUCCGCUUCUGGACCACCCACCCACUGGGCCCUUCAGCCUCCCUGCAGGUCCUGCCUCUGACUGGCGAGCCGUGUGCCGGAGACUGAAGAUGGGGACACCCUGGCAGGGCUGAGAAUCCGAUGGAAUCCCUCUCCCCGUCAAGUCCUGGGCAAAUGGCGCAGUGGGCUCUUAGGAGGAGAAGGGGUGACCGGAGAGGGGCGGGCGCCAAACCUUCUCCCGGGGGGCAAAGGCUCCUUCCAGAUCUCGGGGAACCUUCCUCCCUCAUUAGCCGGGCUCCUGAUCCAGCGGCCAGGGAAGGGGAGGCAGAGGCCUGAGGGUGUGGAAAGAAGGUGGCCAGGGCCUGGAACAGAACGGGACGUUGUGCAGGGAGAAAUAGGAAGCAUCCAAAGUUUUGUACUGAAAGACCCAAAACCUAGAAACUCGAAGCACGAGACAAGUUCUAUAAAGAACUAGAACAGCAAGACUCAAGAACUGUGACCAUGGCAGUGCCAGAGCAGUGGGGAAGCAGGCCUUCAGGCCGAGGUGGUGGGCCGCGUGUACCGAAUGAGCCAUGCGCUGACCCCGGGCUGUUUUGUUAUGCUCUGUUACAAGGGAAAGAUCUACUGGAGAAGAGGGUGGGGUCUGUGCCAGAAUUAAAAAAUAAAUAAAUAAAAAUCCCAAA